CACCCUUCAUCGGUUGCGGUGAUGGCAUUUUACCCAGAUUUUCAAUGUACCCGGAGACUGGUGCAACUCAUUCUUACCAGUCGACGAAAACCAAACACAAAUACCAUGUCAGCAAUGAAGGAAUGUGCACAUGUUCUCCGACAAGUACUAAACUCACCACAGCAUCCCAUCGUGAAAACAUGGUGCCUUGAAAUUAUCAAAAUUGUGAGCAGUUGCAUGGUAAGUUGCUUAAAAGUUUACGUUUCAAAAAAACCCACUGCAACAUCAUUGCUGAGAGAACCGGUUGAAGAAACAGCUGUGGAAAAUGAAGAGCGUAUCAACGACGAUUAUUUGGAACUUCAAGAUCAAAUAGUCUGUGGAUUACUUCCUUGCACAAAAGAAGAUGCUGCUCAGUUAGCUGGUAUACAAGUCUGUAUUGAAGAAAACUGGCCAAAAAACAAACGCACUCAAACGUUUCGCCGUCAUUUGCUUCGCGGUCAAAUUGGAAGAAUCAGAGAACUAGCGCAGAAAAUAAUGGUUACGCCUUGGGAAGUUGACCAAACGUUGUACUGUGCUCCUCCAACGCAACGUGAUAGCGAAACUCUUACACUUGCGAAGAAGAAAGAUUCUCCAGCGUUGCCGGAACGUUCUAGAACAGCAAAAUUUAUGAAAUGUUUUGAUGAUCCAGGGUCGUUGAUAUCACUUGAACUGCAAGAGCAAUGUUUACCCGUCGAAUACCGUUGUGACCGGAGGACACUGAGGCUAGUACAGGAUAGGAAGCGAAAAUUAUUUCACAGUCAAAUCUAUGAGGACGAACUGGGAAUGAAGAAGCUGUACAUUCAGCUUGUUUCAGCAGAAAAAUUUAACAAUUAG